UGAAACUCGAGCACGCAUCCGAAGAGAGAUGAGAUCAGAAACGAACAACAGACGUUUCUGAUCUCAUCACUCUCAGCUGAUGGCCUGACUGCCUGAGAUGCCUUUGGCAAAAUUGGAAUAUCAGAAAGUCAUCCCUGGCAAGCGCAUCGGUCGCUACAUCGACGAGUCCUCUCAGGAUGACCUGUGGGAUAUCCCGGAGGAGACGGAGGUGGAGAUUCGAAAUGCUCGUUUGUUGGACGGCUUAUCAUGGACGACUGCUGGAUUUGAGCUUUUACAUGCACCAAGCACGAUGAAGAAUUUUCGCGAUGACGACGAGGUCCAGAAGGUGUACUAUGCAGAAGUUGAGCAACUUCUCAAAGACACGCUGGAGAAAGCUGGUUCGAAGGUUGAGCAGGUCAUGGUCUUUGACCAUACGAUUCGUAGCAGCACUGCCUCAAAUCUCAACACCUUGGGCGCCAAAGCCAGCAUGGCUGGUCCAGUGACCCGGGUGCACGUGGAUUACAAUGAGGUGUCAGCACCCAAGCGACUGCAGCAGUUGGCAGAGAGACCUGGAUAUACUGGUGUUCAGCUGCGGGCGGAUGCUGAGAAAGUCCUGGGCUCUGGCCAACGCUUUGCAUUCAUCAAUGUCUGGUGUAGCAUCGAUCCGGACCAUCCAGUCUUGCAAUGUCCUUUGGCUCUGUGUGAUCCCGGAUCGGUUGACGCCAAUGACUGGAUCUCAUACGAAAUGGUCUACCCUGACCGGAUUGGGAGCAGAUUCGCUUUGCCGAAGAAGAAUUCAUCGGCCCACAAAUGGUUUUACUAUCCUGAGAUGAAGAUGGAGGAAUGCUUGAUGUUUAGUUGUUUUGACAGUCGCCAAGAUGGUCCUCGCUUUGUUUUCCAUUGCGCUUUUGAUGACCAAACCGCUUCCAGCGAUAUUCCUCGACGCUCGAUAGAGGUACGAGCAAUCGUAAUCUUCAACGAAUAUCUGAUGGUCAGGUGACGCUUCUGCUGCAAAAAACAUGCAGCUUCAGUUUGUAAAAACCUAUGGAUGGCGGU